AACAUUUGCAAUUGCAUAAAAGCUUAGGGAUGAAUUCCUAGCGAACCCAGCCACAUAAGUCAAACCACCAACCAUCCAUCACAACGCCCUGACCUCCCAGGCAAAGCGACCGGCUUAAGCAUGCAAGCUUCAUACAACAUGCACCCAAUUAGAAUUUCAGUCUUGCGUUCUCAUUCAGGCUCUUCAACAAGGUUACUGGUCCGUCUCCGGCAUCUGUCGCAUGCUGCGUCCGCGUCCGCGCGCUUGACCAGCCUGGAGACCGCACCAACCAGUACCAUCGGACCGGCUCCACCUCCCCCACGGACGGUCAGUGACGCAGUGCGACAGGCCAGGAUGUCACUGCGGCUGUACCGAGAAUCCGCAGCCGCUGACUCUGCCGCCCGCCGCACCAGUAAUCACAGGAGGGCCGAACAUACCAAUAACACUGGCGCCACCACCACCACCACCACCACCACCACUACUAGUGCCACUUGGGAAAAUAACGAGGUGGUUGAGGAACAAGGGUCCAUGCAAAGAAGAGGCGGUAUGGCUUCCACCACCCCAUCAGGUUCUGGAUCCGAAUUCGAGUCUAGAUUUGAAUCUGGAUCUGGGUCGCUAGCAGAUGCCGCAGCAGAGGGGCCCCGGCGUCUGAUCAUCGAGCUGCCUCUGCCCUCCCAACGAGUCGGCUUCCUGGGUAGAGGCUCUUCCCUCCCCUCGGACCUGGUGAUGCUCCUCGACGAGGGGGACUAUCCAGGGGGGGUGCUGCAGAGGUUCAGAGUGCUCAGAAAGCUGGUGGACGAACUGCUGGAGGGGUACGAUGCUGAGUUCCUGGGCUUGCUCGAGGACUCUGCGGAUGGCGUGGGACUCUGGUCGUGCGGUCGAGAUAUGACCUUGGUGGCGAACAUCACGAACGCCACGGUCCCUUCCCUGAUAAAGCUCUUGGACGGCUGGUACGGCAGCCGUACGACGUCCCCAGAGCACACCGUUAUUGCAGUCAACCCCCAGUGGACGGAUGCGAGCAGUGUCGGGCAGCCCUGGCAGACGUCCUUGCGACAACGAGCUGCGGAGGUUCUCGACGAGGCGACAUGGAGCACCUUGUACUGCGCCCGGGUGCUGAGAGGCAGUCGGGGGGCCAACGGACUGCUGCACAGGGCCUGGCCGCACCGCUGGACUCUGUACCCCACCGCGACACCCGACACGCGGUACGUGGGUGGCUGUCUACUGGCCUCCCCCACUCGACCCCCCGCGGACCUCAUACUCUCCAAACUCAAUGAAGCCAAACCUGACAUGAAGGAAAAGGCGAAGGAGCUUGGGUUGGACGAGCCUGGCUGGUUCUGAAAGUACGGCAUGUACGGCGAUCUCCGCCGAGAUGUACAGCGCGUAGUUACCAUUCGGGAGGUCUUCAUUGAGAAGUGUGACGAGCAAGAUGAACAUGCGGAAUGUGAAAAAAUGCACGAGACGACGCUUUGCAGGAAGGCGGGGUUACUUUCGUUUUGACUUUUUUAAUUAUUGGUGGUCUAUUGUAAGGAUUUAAUGAUGAUUGAAAUCAUUGACGGCACUCUGUACGCUUGAAAUUUAUGUGGAGAGAUGGUCGUCGGUAUGUUGAGCUGAGAGGCUUUCAGUGGGGGCGGGACUGGCCGCGGGUGAGUGAAGGUACCUGAGGGUAACUUGUCGUCACGUCAAACACAACGCAAUGCAUUACGCAAUCGUUUUGCACUCCAUACGACUUGUCCUAGUUAACGAAAUUGUCGAAUACCCCGCCUCAACACCUCCAUCCGUUGACCGGAACAUUCUCAGAAAACCAAACGGUUCAGCCAUCGAUGCCAAUCGAACAUGCGCACCUCGGGGCCCAGCAAAGUCCGACCGCAACAAUACAUUUCUCCCAACUCCAAAUUUCGGUUUUCGCUUUGAUCAGAUGCGAUAGUAUGCCGUCUUAAGCGUGCACGGCCCCCGCGCGCCCGAAACGGCGCCUCUGCUUUACUCGCCGCUGACGCCUCCCCGCCCGCAGCCGCUGCCGGCCGUCAGCUCAUGUACGUUGUGCCACAGUACACAGGGCCUGACAGCCGAUAAAGCAGAUCUCCGCCACGAAACCCUCCACCCCGCCCCACCCCGAGACGCUGUAGCAUGCAAAAAAACACAAGGUGUAGCCCCCAGGUGCCGCGCUGCCCCCCAGGUCCCUAACAUCGCAGCUCCCGCAGCGGGGUAGCGGUGUACAUUUCACACCACCACAUUCCCCCGGCGCAAUGCCACCAACACGCGAAUCCCAUGAGCACCGCCUUCACCCCCACCAACCUCAACCCUCACCCCCCAACCCCAGGACAGCUCGAUAUAUCCCACAGCUGCCGCAUCACCCCCACGGUACCGCGGCGAAUACACCCAUUCCUUCCCUCCUUCCUGCAACACCCCAAAACACACACACAUACAUACACACGCACAGACGCGCUCCUUUUCCUUCCGUGGGUCAAAACAGUCAAUGGCGCCUCCGCGCACACAAUCUCCCACCCUCGCCUCCUGGUCUCCCUCCACAACCCCGACCAGCGCACUCCCGCUGCUUCACGUGCGCAUUCCGCAGCUUCCUGGCCCCGCGGCUACAGCGACAAAAAGGUUACAUAAAUACUGCCGCGCCGCCUCCCUCCUAACCAGCCGAUCAGUCCCAUGCAUUCGCCUUCCCCUGACGAGAGGACCUCCCUCCUCCUCCACCUGCACAGAGGGGCAGCACAGCCCCU